AUGGUGGAUGGAGGGGAAGAAGAAGAAAACGAUCAGAAUGUGAGAUACUGGAAGACAAAGUACGAGCUGCUCUACGCGGAUUACGGCAGAACCAAGGAUCGGAGCGAAGAUCUGGAGACGCGAUUGCUGGAAGUGGUGGAGGAGAACGAGCGGCGAGAGGGCGAGAAACAGGAGAGGAUCCAAGAGUUGGAGACCGAAAUCGGAGAGGCGAAUCGACGCAUCGAACAGCUCGAAGCGGCGUGUGUGAGUGAGCGGCAGAAAUGAGCGAAGAGAUGGCAGAUUCUUGCAGUUUCGGUACAAAAAUCACGGAAAACUGACGAAAACUGAAGCCGAAUGCGAAAUUGCUCAAAAUGUCGAGACGAACAGCGACGAAAGUGUACGUUUUCGGACUUGGUCGGCGAAAAUUGAAAUUUGUUUUAGAAUUUUAGAAUCUGGGCCAAUUUUCGACUUUUAACCGUCCGUUUUCAGACACCGUGCCCAACCGACGGAAUCACUCGCUCUCCGGAUUUUCACGCCGGCCAGCAUCUCAUUUGCGAGUAUCACAAGCUGCCGGUUCUGGCGAAAGGCGAAGGAUUCAUCUACGGGUUCCGGUGGAACGAAACCAACAAAAUCCAUAUCGUCUAG